UAUGCGGCAUGUCGACAGAAGAAGAAAUUACUAAAGUCAGAUUAUGAGUUGAAAUUUACCCUACUUGGACGUAUUGGAAAAACUUUAUUUUUUGCAUACUACUAUGAUGCACUUAUGUGUGUCGUUAUUCGGUAUUUUAUGCGUGUUCGGCUCAUUCGUGUAUCGUGUUGAAGCGACAACGUGCUUACCAGGAUUCUACCCAAGCACCUAUUUUGGUAAAGAUCCCAUUUGUAAGAAGUGUCCUUUAUUCUGCGAAGAACAAGGGCAAGACAAAGAACUAUGCAAAGAGCACUGUAAAAAACCAUCAUCUUCUAUUUCCAUUACAUCGACUCCGUCAACGACACCGACCACCAUUCGAACAUCUUCGCCUAGCACCGCAGCCCCUUCUGUAGAAGGCACUACCCAAGAACCUCCAAGAAUCAUCCCAUCUGCGUCUUCCUCAACGGAAAAAAUUGGUAACGAUGAGAACAAUUGGCUUACCUGGUUAAUCAUUUCGGUUGUGUUGGUGAUUAUCGUAGCACUGGCUGUCAUGGUGCUUUUCAUUUGUCGAAAAAAAUAUAAUGCCCGGGAAAAAAGGGACUUUCAAGGUUCACAGUAUCUCUUCGACAACGUUCCUGUGGUGGAAGUUUAAAUGUCUUCAAACAUAAAACGAAAAAACUGCAAAGAAAUAAAAUGCAAAAAAAGGAAACUGGACAAAUGGUUAUGAGUGAUAAACUGUAGACGAACGUGUUUCCAUUAUUGGUCUCCAAAAUUGCUUUACAAAUGACACUCAAAAAGCGUAAUGACUGACGGGAUUGAUUUAGGGGAAGGGAUGCAAAGAGUGCAUAUCCCUCCUUUCCUUGAUUGAAGGAAUGCAGCAGCGAGGUAACAGAAUUUGACAAAAAAAGUUUGACAUGCAACAGCAACAAGAACCCACUAAAAUCUAAUCCAAACAAAAGCACACACUCCCCCUCCCACACACACACAAAACUAUUCUAUUCUAGACAAGCAGAGAGAAUAGUCUGUUGAAAGAAUAUUUACCCUUUCUUUACCACCAUAAAUGUUUUAAAAGUUAUAUUUAUUAUUAAUAAUAUAUUCAUUUGGCAGUGGGACUUUAAAGACACGUUGGUAAAGAAAGAGUUUAAUAUCUCCGUAGCCUAAUUAAUAUACUUUGGUGUACAUAAAUGGUGUUAAUGUAAUGUUAAUAAAAGAUUUUGUUUUGUCUUAAA